CAUCAAACUGUGCACUUUAGUUUGUGCUCAACACUGGAACAAUUCGGAAGUGAAAUUCGCUCGCAUUCGCCAACGGUGCGUUGCGGUUCAAAAUUGCCAGUAGAGGUACACGCCUCGUGCAUAAACAGAAAAGAAAACAGAAAGUUGAAAGGUUAUCAAUUUAAAUGAUUAUAUUCUCAUCCGGUCUAUGUUGAGUGUUGAACAAAUUGGAGAUUAACUACUGAUAGUGAACGUAAUGCAAUUGAAUCUUUUCUAGAUGAUUUAAUUCGAGCCCCCAAUCUCGAAAAAAAACGAAACAUGUUGGACACGUUAAAAUUCCUGCUCUUCGUGAUUCUACUGUUCAUCACUAUCAUCCUUAAUCAAAAUGUCACGUCAAAAAAGUCUGGCGAACGAGAUCUUAGCCAAUUCUGGCGCCUGGAAAACGCAAAUAGAACACUCAAACUGGAGAAUGUAUCUCUCCCGUCAGGGGUGUACACUGCGCUUGAACAGGGUCUUAUAAUUGAAUCAAUUCUCGAUUUCAAAAACGACAUAACCACAAAAUGGAUUGCUCGAGACAAUUGGACCUAUUCGCUCGAUCUGCCCUGUAACCUCGAGGAACUAAACUAUACGAAUGUUCUACUAACUCUGCACGGAGUGGAUACUUUCGCAUCCGUUUUUCUAAACGGUGUUCUCAUCGGCGAGACCAACAACAUGUUCGUGCGCUAUCGGUUUGAUGUUAAGCCUAAACUAAGGAAAGAGUGCAAAAACUUCUCGCGUCUAGCCAUAACAAUUCGGUCUCCGGUAUCGGAAGCAAAAUCCCUAUCAAAGAGCUAUCGACAACGGAAAAUAGUUCCGGAAUGUCCACCAGCGGUCUACAACGGAGAAUGUCACGUUAACUUGAUCCGAAAAAUGCAAGCCAGCUUCGCAUGGGAUUGGGGACUGGCGGCACCUUCGAUGGGCAUAUGGAAACCCGUUCGGUUGGAAUUUUACAAUUCCAUUAAAAUCCGAGAUAUAACUUUUUCUUUGACCGACGAAGAGACGCACUGGAAUGUUCUGGUGGGAGUACAUUUGGAAGCUGGAAUAACGCGUAAACGUGUGAACGGGACUUUAACCUUCAAAUUAUUGGAAGUAGAACUGGACCCUAAAGAGCAAACAAUUACGGUUAACGAAUCCAGUAAUGAAUUCGGCGAACUACAGAUAGAGCACACUUUAACCAUUCCAAAGGCAUCAGUGAAACUUUGGUGGCCGAACGGUUAUGGUAGCCAGAAACUCUACAACCUGUACGUAAAAUGGGAAGACAACCUGGUCAACAGUAUUAGGGUUCACGAUCGCGACACACUGAUUGCUGAGAAAGUAAUUCGUGUAGGUUUUCGCAAUAUCAAACUUAGCCAGGAGAGAACCUCUGAUGGGCUGAUGUUUUACUUCAUAGUAAACGACAUACCGAUGUUCAUGAAAGGGUCGAACUGGAUUCCGUCCUCUGUACUCCCGGAGAGUUCCUAUGACGAAAACUAUGUAAAGUUCCUGUUAUAUGCUGCCCGAGACGCAAACAUGAACAUGCUUCGUGUCUGGGGAGGGGGCGUAUACGAGAGUGAUUACUUUUACAAACUGGCCGACGAACUAGGAAUUCUUCUGUGGCACGAUUUAAUGUUCGCCUGUUCUAUGUAUCCUGCGAACAAAGAAUUCCUCGCGAAUGUCGCAAUCGAAGUUAACCAGAACGUGAGGCGAAUACAACAUCAUCCAAGUGUGGCGCUUUGGGCAGCUAACAACGAGAACGAGGUGGCAUUGCGACAAAAUUGGUACGGAACUAAAUCAGAUGAGGUAGCAUACAUACAGGACUACAAAAAGUUGUACGUGAAGCUGAUUCAACCGGAAAUUUUGAAAGUAGAUAAGUGGAGACCAGUGCUGAUAUCGUCACCUUCGAACGGAGACUAUUCCGUAGAGGAGGAUUACAUUGCUCAGAACCCUCAGGAUCCUCGAUACGGAGACGUUCACUACUACAACUACAUUAUGGACGGGUGGAAUCCGAUAAUCUACCGAGGAGGACGAUUCAUCUCCGAGUACGGGUUCCAGUCCUUCCCAGCACUUACCAGCUGGCCAAUUCGUGAUCUAAGCAAUACACAACUGUCGGAUUUGAUCGACCAUCGACAGCACAGUCCGCUCAGGAACCAACCGAUCAUGGAAAUGAUUGAAAAAAAUCUUCCAACGCCAUCGGUUAAUUCAACAAACUAUUGGCGCGACAUCAUCUACCUCAGUCAGGUGUCACAGGCAAUGAUCGUCAAAACCGAAACCGAAGUGUACCGAUCGAAACGGAUCGAGCAGGGUACGAUGGGUGCACUUUACUGGCAGCUGAACGAUGUAUGGAUAGCUCCGUCCUGGUCCAGCAUAGAGUACGGUGGAAAGUACAAAAUUUUGCACUAUUGGAUGAAAGAAGUGUUUGCUCAAAAGCAUGUAGUGUCCUACAUGAAUCCUAGGAAAAAGCUGGAGCUGUACGUAAUUCGUGACACACUGGGACCGGAUGAACAGUGGUCUGUAGAGAUUAAAGUUCAUCGAUGGAACACCUUCCUGCCUGUUGAUCUGAUAACCUACGACCCGAUCACUGUUCCGGAAAAUACAGUUGUUAAAGUAGAUACGCUCGAUAUAUAUGAUCGUCUGAGGCAGAAAAAACGAUUAGCAAGCGAUCAUUUGCUUCGUAUCGAUCUUUAUCGCGCAGAUAAAAAAUUGGCCGAAAACUUCGUCUUUCUCGAUAAAAUUAGAAACGCUGUAAGCAUAUCGAAUGCAGCUCUUAAAGUAACAAUUGCCGCUGUAAGCUGCAACAAGGUAUCCAAUAUUUUACGUGUCAGCCUAGAGGUGACAGUUGAAUCUCCAGCAGUGUUCGUCUAUCUGGAGCUAACACCGGAAAACAGUGCCCUGAAGCAGUGUCAGUUCUCCAAAAAUGGCUUCCUGCAGUUUACGCCCAUUAGAACCGUUCACAUGCAGUGUGUGGAUGCUGGAUGUAAAGCUAAGCUACAGAGUAGUGACAUUACUGUGUUAACGGUGAACCAAGUAAUGUUGCGACAAGACAAUUAGUUGAAUUAGUAAAUUAAUAAAUAAAUAAUAAAAAUA